AUGGCCGACUCGGCCCCAGAGAAGAAGAAGAGACGCCAGAACGUUGCAUGCGACUCGUGCCGUCUCCGGCGUGUCAAGUGUGACAUGCUCACACUCCUCACCGUCAACGCCGACCCAGCGCGUCCCACGCCGCCUCUGCAUGUCCUCGUGCGCGAGCAGCCAGACGUCUCGUGCUCCAACUGCAUCGGAAAGGGCAUCCGCUGCACCACCAACCAGAUUGUCAACCCUUCCAAGCCCAACAAGGGCGGUCGCCGUAUCGAAGAAGCCAAGCGCAAGUAUGGAAGCGACGGCGCCGAGAUCAUUGGCGGCCGCACACCGUCUCCCACGGGUCCAGGUGGCGGUGGUGCAGCAGGCCCAGGUCCGGUCGUAGCCUCGGCGUCGGGCUCGGGCUCGGGCAACGGCCUUGCGCCUCCUCCGAUGCAUUCCGGAUCCAGCACCACUCCGACAUACCCACCCACACCCCUGCCCCACAUGAACUUUCAGCUGCCACUGCUGGACCCGUCUGCAAUGGACGGCGCACCCAUGCUCAACCCUCUCGGUGGCGGGACCACCAUAGGCGGGUUUAUCGGUGGGCCAUCGCCGGGAUUCAUGCCCUUCCACGGGGGUUACGACUUUGCCACUCCAGCACCCCUCCUUCCCUUGGUGCCCCCUCCUGCGACACACAGUGGCCAGAGCCACAGCAACGUCAAUGUAAACGAUACGUGGGCGUCCUCUACCCAGUUCUCCUUUGAUACGAUGGGUACCGACAUGCACUUUUCAUCGGACGGGUUUCAGGCGGCCUGGGAUGCCCUUGUCAUCCCACCUCCCGGCGGCAGCAGCAGCAGCGCCAGCGCCAACGCUGCCGCCGCGCCCCACCUCGUGCAUGUGGCACCACCUCCCGUUGCGCCCGAGCCCGUGUCCCCUGGAGAUGGUGCCGGUCUCUCUCCCUCUCCACCCGCGCAGUACCCUCUGAUCGACAUGGAGUACACCUUUGACCCGCGUACCGACUCGAUGGUGCCGCGAAGCGGGUCUGCCACGCCUGGACCCUCGUCGCUGACCACCGCCAUGUCGUCUCGUCCCAGUUCACGGUUCUCCGACCCCACGCUGGCCUCCGACGACGAACCACUGGCCGGCGGCAACAACAUGACCAACGCUGACCGGUACCGGCUGUAUCAAGAAUCGUUCACUUCGCCCCUCGACACCGCCCUCGUCAGCCGCAAGCGCACCCGCGAAGAGGACGACUCGGACGGCGGCGUCAUUGAAGUCGACCGCAAUGGUGACCCGUACGCACUGUGGGCGCCCUCGGAGCGCACCGUCCGUUGGGGUCAGCGCGAAAUGGUCGCUGAACGUCUUGCAGACCGUGCUCUCGGCCGUGAACUCUCCCGGCAUCUAGUGCGAGUGUAUUUUCAAGCGGUGCACCUCACAAUGCCGGCGAUAAGCCCAGAAGCCUUCUACAUGGAUUGGCAGAGGGCUGGUGAGAGGUCCGACCGCAUGACGCCGGCUCAGGAGACGCUCUGCGCAGUCAUGGAGGCGUGGGCAGCACGCUUCUCUGACAACCCCGUGAUCCUAGGUCUCGACAAGUCAAAAGCAAACUCCGCACCCAGAGUGAUCACCGAGGAAGGGCAGUUUCUCGUUGGAACCGCUGCCCGCGCACACUGGGGACGGGCACGACUGCCCGUCUGCCAGGCUCUCCUUGCUCGAGCUCGCAAGCUGAUCGACAUGCAUGGCCUCCUGCGCGUACCGUCCGUGACGGGCGUGCAGGCCCUGUCGCUCUACUCGCAGCUCCAGCACAUGUCCGAUACCCAAGAUAACCUGUUAGAAACAGAAAUGGAGAAUGAGAUGAUCCACGCGUCCAUCAUCAACCAGAUGCAGCGACUCGGUAUGGGCUGGAGCAGUGACUCGUUCCACAAGCCAACGUCCUCUACCGAACUGCAGACUGGCAGGACGCCCAUGCCACACGACGCUGCGGCCUUUAGCGUUGCCCAGGAGCGUAUCAAGCAGAGGAGGCUGUUCUGGACCAUUGUCGUGGCCGAUGCGUUCUGGGCAGCAGGGUCCGGGGCAGAGCCCAAGGUCCCCGACGAAGACGUCGAGACGUCUGGCGCGUGGCUCCUCAACAUUGACGAAACGCUCGGGCCGUCGACGUUCAAGGCCCUGUCGUUUUUCAUGAAUGUGUACCACCAAGCUGCUGUCCUGGGGCGUUCCAUCGCCCGCAAACUGUCCGUCCCAGCUCGUCGCCCAGGCAGCAUCGACGUGCGAGACUUUUGCAACCGCGUCCGCGGUUAUUGGCGAGAGAUUCGUGACCUCUACCGCAACCUCAACGUUCGCUCGGAAGAGUACCUGUCCAUGUGCGAACACGAGGUGCUGGGCUUCUCUCCCAUUCACCACCUUUCCAGCCUCCGCAGCUCGUGCUGUUUCCUCCUCUUGAUCCUCCACCAGCAGGUCGACGAGCAGCUCAAGUUUCGCAAGACGUUGAAGGGAGCAUAUGUCCGCUCCGACUCGUCGCCCGACUCGGCUCCGCAGGCGGACCACCUCCAGCUGCUGGAGGACCUGCACUUCCAGAGUGUCGACUCGACACUCACAAUCGCCCGUGCCACGGUGCCACUCUUGAGUACUCUGCACCCCAUGGGAGUGAUGCAGGGCGCAGCCAUGAUGCUGCGCUGCUGCCUGGCCACGACCCAGUUCCUUGCCGAAAUUCCUACCAACGAGCAAGGGUAUCCCAGCACCACUACUGGCGGAAACGGGUGGACGUGGGACGUCAAGCAGCAAGAGGUCCAAGUUUGCGUCGAGUCGCUGUACCAAAUGGGAUGGGCGUGGGCCGACGUCGCAGAAGUCAUCGACCGCGUCAUGGUCACCAUGGAGCGUCUGCACCCGACCGCGGCCGAGUUUGCCACCUUUGCCGAGGCUUCAAAGCCUGCGUCGUUUGGCCAGGUGGCGGCGCAGCGCCAGCGCGAGCUGGACAGGGACACGAACGCCGUCGACGCUGCACUCCGGCUGUGGCCACCACUCUCGGUACCCACCGUUGUCGGUGCAUGGAGCCGCAACGCCAUCCUCGAAUCGCCCAACGGGUCGUUUGAGCGUAGCGAGACAACACCCAGGCUGGAAGCGCGCGCGAUGCAGCGCGUGAUCGACAGCUAUGGCGCCAAGGAGCGACUCGAGGCCGCCAACGGCACCAUGAACGGCACGCUUCCCCUCCGCACCUCCGCCGCUGCCGCCACCGCUGCCGCCACCGCUGCCGCCGCCGCCACGGUCUCCACGGUCCCCACAGACUCAAUGUCCAUGUCCAGUGGCAGCGUCGGGACCACGCCCGCGUCAGACGACGGGACGACAGACUAUACCAAGGGCCGGGCCCGGCCGCUGGGCAUGACCCCGGCCAUGAUGUGGGCGCUGGAGCGCCCGGCGCUCGACCACGUCGCGGCGACCGAGGUGGCCGCGCGGCGUAUCCAGCGGUCACAGGUGUCGCGGUCCACGACACCCAGUUUGCCGGUCAUCGUCCCGCGGGCGGCCGACGAGAGCAGCAGCGGCUAG